AUGGGGCUCCUACAAGACGCCGCCGUCACUUUCGACACGCACUUCGGCAGCACCCCCACCUGGGUACUCGCUGGAUCCGUAUUCGCCAUUGCCGUCGCCAUCUCCAUCUUCCUGAACGUCGCGCGACAGAUCCUCUUCAAGAACCCGAACGAGCCUCCGAUUGUCUUCCACUGGGUACCCUUCAUCGGCAGCACCAUAUCCUACGGCAUCGAGCCAUACAAGUUCUUCUUCGCCUGUCGCCAAAAGUAUGGCGAUGUCUUCACCUUCAUCCUACUCGGCAAGAAGACGACCGUGUGCUUGGGCACUAAGGGCAACGACUUCAUUCUGAAUGGAAAGCUGAGGGACGUCAACGCCGAGGAGAUUUACAGCCCGCUCACAACACCUGUAUUCGGCAAGGAUGUCGUCUACGACUGUCCCAACCACAAGCUCAUGGAGCAGAAGAAGUUCGUCAAGUAUGGCCUCACUUCGUCCUCCCUCCAAUCCUACGUCACCCUGAUCGCGAACGAGACUCGCCAGUUCUUCGCCAGAGAGAACCCGCACAAAAAGUUCGCUGCCAACAGCGGCACGAUCGACCUCCCUCCUGCCAUGGCCGAACUCACAAUCUACACUGCCAGCAGAUCGCUGCAAGGCAAGGAAGUUCGCGAACGAUUCGACGCAAGCUUCGCCGACCUGUACCACGAUCUCGACCAAGGCUUCACACCCAUCAACUUCAUGCUUCCGUGGGCACCUCUUCCACAGAACAGGAAACGCGACUAUGCGCAGAAGAAGAUGGCUGAUACAUAUCUCUCAAUCAUCAAGGAGCGCCGCAACAAUGGCGAGCUGAAGUCGCAAGGCCGCGAGGAGGACAUGAUUUGGAACCUUAUGCAAUGCACCUACAAAGACGGAACUCCUCUCCCAGAUCGUGAAAUCGCGCACAUGAUGAUUGCACUCCUGAUGGCAGGCCAGCACUCGUCAUCUGCUACAAUCACCUGGAUCAUGCUGCGACUUGCGACGAGGCCCGAGAUCCAGGAAGAGCUGCUGCAAGAACAAAAGGCCAUCCUCGGCACGAAGCCGGACGGCACAAUAAACGACCUGACCUUUGACAAAAUCAACAAAAUGCCCCUUCUCAACCAAGUCGUCAAGGAGACUCUCCGUAUCCACGCUCCCAUCCACUCGAUCUUGCGCCAGGUCAAAUCACCCAUGCCAAUCGAAGGCACACCCUACGUUAUCCCAACCACCCACUCUCUUCUCGCAGCACCAGGUGCCUGCAGUCGCAUGGACGAGCACUUUCCCGAAUCCCUCCUAUGGGAGCCGCAUCGAUGGGACGAGAAGCCAGCCGACAAGUACGAGCACCUAGUACCAGCGAUGGUUCGGGAAGGCGUCGCAGAAGAGAAGGAAGAUUACGGCUACGGUCUCGUCAGCAAGGGCGCAGCGUCUCCAUAUCUCCCCUUCGGCGCGGGUCGGCAUCGAUGCAUCGGUGAGCAGUUCGCGUACGUGCAGCUGCAGGCCAUCACUGCCACCGUGAUUCGGGAUUUCACGUGGCAGAACGCCGAUGGUAGCAAGGAAGUUGUGGGCACUGACUAUAGCAGUCUGUUCAGUCGGCCGUUGAGUCCCGCGGUGAUCAAGUGGGAGCGGAGGGAGAAGAAGUAG